AUGCCAAAUACGUCCCCAAACGCCAACUGGGUCACGUCCGACAGCCUGGAUGCAGGCGCCAACAGGAUCCACGGGCAAAUCCAGGCGGUUCUGGCUACUGCCAACUUUGAAUACCUCCAAGAGGUGGCGCUCCUCUCCCGCAAAGCUCGAGAUAAAAGCAUUCCAGCAGGCGUCACCUGUACCAUUGACUCGAAGAUUUUCACAUACGGCAUGAACAAUCUCGUGCUCAAAGUUGGGUUUUCCGACCAUGUGAACUGGAUUGCUAGGGUCCAGCACGUACCAGUGGACUUGUCUCACGCCCGCGACCAUGCCAUGGAUAUGCUGAGUGAAAUUGCCACCAUGAAAACUCUCAAAAGCCGAACAACUAUACCAGUUCCAGAGGUUUUUGUCUUUGACCCUUCGCUAUCUAACGAGUUUGGCUUUCCGUAUAUCCUCAUGGAGCGCCUGAAGGGCCGAGUCCUCGAUUCCACCAUUGCGAGUGACGUACCGGCUGAGUGCCUUCCACAAGUUGCAAGGCAGCUGGCAGAUGUCCUCUUCCAACUUGAAAACCUAUCUUUUGAUCGUCUUGGGCGGAUCUGGUGCGGCGAAAACUGCGAUGAGCCCCCUACGAUUAUUCCAUGGGAGAGAGUGGAUACGGCCUCGGCGAUACCACAUAUUGAAACAUCGCUAGAGUGGUUUUAUUUGUCGCGGCAGAACGCAAAUAGGAGUGCUCUUGAGGCGCAUGCUAGCGAUCCAGAGUGGACGACCGCUUGCUGGGUUUUAAAGACGGCCAUCUCUCAUAUUAUUAUUGAGGACAGGCUUCGUGGACCCUUCCCCCUGUGCCACUUUGACCUUCACUAUGGAAACCUUCUUUUUGACGAUGAGUAUAACUUGACGGGUGUGCUUGAUUGGAGUCUGACGGCGACUGCCCCAUUGGAGCGUCUGGCUGUCUCGCCGGAAUUCAUCACAUUUCCCGCGUUGCCGGACCAAGAAAACCAACCGAUUGUCGCCUUCAGAGAUGCAACCCGCAACUGUUUGCAAGAGCUGGUGAAUAAAACAGAACAAUCUUCAGCGGCUAUUGGCCGGAAAACAACGCUCUCCAUGAUUCUCGGCUCCAAACAAGCCGAAAUCACUCAUCGAUGCACCUAUAGCCGCCCACAUCGAGCUGUAUGUGAUGGGCGGUUGGUGUCCAGACUCAUUUAUGGGGACAAGGUAUCAUGGGAGCAGCUAGUUGCCGUCUAUGGGGGAAUCAAAUUUUAUUAG